AUGGAGUCCUCACCCAUCCCCCAGUCGUCAGGGAACUCUUCCACGCUGGGGAGGGCCCCUCAAACCCCAGGUCCCUCUACUGCCAGUGGGGUCCCGGAGGCAGGGCUGCGGGACGUGGCUUCAGAAUCCGUGGCCCUCUUCUUCAUGCUCCUACUGGACUUGACCGCUGUGGCUGGCAAUGCUGCUGUGAUGGCUGUUAUUGCCAAGACACCUGCCCUUCGAAAAUUUGUCUUUGUCUUCCACCUCUGCCUGGUGGACCUGCUGGCCGCCUUGACCCUCAUGCCCCUGGCCAUGCUCUCCAGCUCCGCCCUCUUUGACCAUGACCUCUUUGGGGAGGUCGCCUGCCGCCUCUACUUGUUCCUGAGCAUAUGCUUUGUUAGCCUGGCCAUUCUCUCGGUGUCGGCCAUCAACGUGGAGCGCUACUAUUACGUGGUCCACCCCAUGCGUUAUGAGGUGCGCAUGACGCUGGGGCUGGUGGCCUCUGUUCUGGUGGGUGUGUGGGUGAAGGCCUUGGCCAUGGCUUCUGUGCCAGUGUUGGGAAGGGUCUCGCGGGAGGAGGGAGCUCCCAGCAUCCCCCUAGGCUGCUCACUCCAAUGGAGCCACAGUGCCUACUGCCAGCUUUUUGUGGUGGUCUUUGCUGUCCUUUAUUUCCUGUUGCCCUUGCUCCUCAUCCUAGUGGUCUACUGCAGCAUGUUCCGAGUAGCCCGUGUGGCUGCCAUGCAGCAUGGACCGCUGCCCACGUGGAUGGAGACCCCCCGGCAACGCUCUGAGUCUCUCAGCAGCCGCUCCACGAUGGUCACCAGUUCGGGGGCCCCCCAGACCACGCCACACCGGACGUUUGGGGGAGGGAAGGCAGCAGUGGUUCUCCUGGCUGUGGGGGGACAGUUCCUGCUCUGCUGGUUGCCCUACUUUUCUUUUCACCUCUAUGUCGCCCUGAGUGCUCAGCCUGUUUCGACGGGGCAGGUGGAGAAUGUGGUGACCUGGAUUGGCUACUUCUGCUUCACUUCCAACCCUUUCUUCUACGGAUGUCUUAAUCGGCAGAUCCGGGGGGAGCUCAGCAAGCAGUUUGUCUGCUUCUUCAAACAGGCUCCAGAGGAGGAGCUGAGGCUGCCAAGCCGGGAGGGCUCCAUUGAGGAGAACUUCCUGCAGUUUCUUCAGAGCACUGGCUGUCCCACAGAGUCCUGGGCUUCCCGACCUGUACCCAGCCCCAAGCAGGAGCCACCUGCAGUUGACUUUCGAAUUCCUGGCCAGAUAGCUGAGGAGACCUCUGAGUUCUUGGAGCAACAACUCACCAGCGAUAUCAUCAUGUCGGACAACUACCUCCGUCCCGCCCCCACACCACGACUGGAGUCAUGA